CGGGAGGAUAUUACGUCACAGACCAAAUCCCCUUGAAGACCUCGAAAAUGGCCGUCAAAGCAAAGCGAUUUUAAUCUACUGUCGAAAUAACGUUUUUGGGUGUGGUUUAAACCAUUAUAAAUUUACGUGCGGUUGCUCCUCUUCCACGACAUGCCACAUAUCACUCACAGUGAGUUUCUUCUGGAGCAGCUGAAGAGACAACGUGAGAGAAGCUUUCUGUGUGACUGCACAGUAACAAUAGGACAGUCUCAAUAUCAUGCACACCACAAUGUUCUGGCAGCUUUUAGUGAGUAUUUCUCUACGCAGUCUAUUGAUGCCGGAAAGGAGAAUGCCACCAUAACUUUGGACCCAGAGUUGGUGAGCGGGGCUGUGUUUGAAAAACUACUGACUUACAUUUACACUGGGGACUUGAGUAUGGACAGAGAAGAAAUUGAAAGUGUUCAGAAAGCUGCAUCUUAUCUUGGGAUGCCCGAAGUUGUGGCUCGUUGUACACUAAUUCAAGAUGAUAUAAAAAUUGGUGGCUCACCCACAAGACAAGCGGAGUACGAAGAUCCAAGGUCCCCACUGAGCCCAGACGACUACGAACCUUUAGAGCCGAUCGCAGAGGUGGAAGAACGGGAGCGGUUGAGGGAAAAGAAAGAAGAUGGGUUACAGGAUGAUGAAGCCCAGUCAUCCAGUGAACAGACACCGCAGAGAAGCGGCAGCAAGAGAGGGAGGAAACCCAAAACUAGGCUGGAUGAUGUUGAGAGUGAGACCAUCACUGCUCACAGAGGCAGAGGAAGAGGUCGGGGGAGACCGAGAGGUCGCCCACGGGUGAGGCCAUUGACUUCUGAUUCAAAUGAACAAUCUCCAGCGCAGCAAACCAUGAGUCCAAAUAGCAGCUCAGUAGGGAGAGGAACCGGAAGACCAAGAGGUCGUCCACGGGUUAGACCACUGUCCACUGACAGAGAUGAUUCUGGAAACGCUGAAGAUGAGUCUGUAGCAACCAAGGAUCAAGAAGAGAGCUCUGCUCACAAAAGAGGACGUCCACGAAUUAGACCCCUAGCAUCUGGUGCAGAAGGAGACAGUGGAGAAGAGGAACAAGGAGACGCCCAAGAAACAGAGGUUGUUGAAGAAGAUUCUGUGAAUGCUGGGGAGGAAGAUGACGGUCAGGUAAAGACUGAUGUGGAAAACCCAGACGGAGGUAUUUUAAAACGAGGAAGAGGAAGACCGCGGACUAAGCCGUUAACCACUGAGAACCAAACCACAAACACUGAGAACGCAACUACAGACACAGAAGACGGUUCAGAACCUGCAAAGACAAAAGAGAAUGAAGGGACCGGCCGUAAAAGAGGAAGACCUCGAUCCAAACCUCUUUCUUCUGAGGCACCUGCAUCUUCAAAUCCAACAGAUAAGGUGGAGAACAGUGGAGAAGAAGCCAGUGGAGAAACAAACCAAGAUGCUGAGAAACACACUGAAGAAUGCUCAUCUCUAUGUACAGAAGAUUCAAAGUCAAAUCCUGCAAAGAAGGUCCGCACCAGCAACAGGAAAAGAAGCUUGAGUAGAAAGCUAAAAGAAAGCCAAGCUAGUAAUGAGGAAGAAGACGAUGUAGAGGAUGAAGAAUUUGGCAAUGACAAAGAGGACUGGGCCGGAGAAGAGGAAGUGAAGCCCUUGCAGGACAAACACAGGCCUAUUUGUAACGUCUGCGGGAACCUCUUCUCAGAGAUGAGCAGUCUGCGCAGACACAUGCGCAUACACAAGGGCCUCAAACCCUAUCAGUGCCAGCUCUGUACCCGCUCCUUCAGACAGGGCAACCAGCUGAAGACCCAUAUGCGCAUACACACAGGAGAGAAGCCCUUCAGUUGUACGUCUUGCGAGGCAUGUUUUUCUCAGAAAUGUCAGCUGGUCUAUCAUUGCCGAAUGCAUCACGGAGAAGAAAAGCCACAUAAAUGUGAUUUCUGUGGAGCAGCUUUUGCCACAUCGAGCAAUCUGAAAAUUCACAUAAGGAAGCACAGCGGUGAGAAGCCGUAUGAAUGUGGAGAAUGUGGGAAGCGCUUCACACAGGCCAGUACUCUGAUGUACCACAAGCGCCGACACACAGGGGAGAAACCAUACAUCUGCGACACCUGCGGCAUGGCAUUCGCUGUGUCCAGCUCUCUCAUCGCUCACACCAGGAAACACACCGGUGUGACCCCAUAUAUAUGCUUGGAUUGCGGAAAACCUUGCUUAACCGCUGGUGAACUUCGAAAGCAUAUGGACAUCCACAAUGGAUCGAGAAAAGUGAGAUGUUACCUGUGUGGGAACAUGUUUUCAGACAUGUAUAGCUUGAAGAAGCACAGCAUUUUGAAGCAUAACGCUCUUCCAAGCCAAGAGCAGGCUCCUUUGGAAACCGACCCGACGCAGUGUCCUCUCAACACCCCCAUUGACCACCAGGGCCUGAUUGCUCGCGUGCGCUCCGCCCUUGUCGAUUCCCAAGACCAUGAAGUUCAGAUGGAGCCGCCAUUGCCAAUUUUGCCCCCGGAAACCUCACUUAUUAUCCAACAGUCAGCAGAGCCUCAGAUGAUCAUACAGCAUGCAGACGGCACAGAGCCCUCCAUGAUCUUCCAGCACGCAGACUCGUCCGAAGCACCGGUUCUCAUCCAACACGGAGAAUCUGGCGAGCAAGUGAGCUAUGUAGUGGAACAGUACGAAAUCCCCGGAAACUCUGAGAUGGAGCACACGCAGAUUGUCAUCGUUCAGACCAUUGAUUAAAAUACCAGCUUUUACUUCCAUUUUAAGUGUAUUUUCUCCAUUAAGUGAAGACUGAGGGUAGGAUCAGUCACGCCAGUGCGGAAGCAAUUUGUUAUAAACAUCCCUUCAGAUAACUUGUUUUCUAAGCUUUUGAAUGAUGAACUCUUAGCAGAUAUCAGUUAUACAAAGCUGUUGAGUGAAUGUGUGGGGCUUCUCCUCUCUUGCUUUUUUCUUAAGUAAAUGUGUCACAUUCAGAGCAGAAUCUGGAUCAUUAAAAGCAAAGUAUUUUCUGAAAUGAAGGGAAGGCCUAACAGGUUUAGCUGUAAUAUAAAAGCUGUGCUUAAAAUGCAUUUUGGUUCAUUUAAAAAUACUUUUCUAUUUAAUUGAAAGGACAGUGUUGGCUAUACAUUACAAUUGACUUGGUCAUUCUGAUAUUUUGAACUAUGCGUUUGUCGUUUAGAAGUAUGACAUGUAAAUACCUAUAAUGUUAUAUGACCCGGUCUCUGAACAAUUUCAUAUAUGAUGUGAAAUCAUUUAGAUCCUUUAACAAACUGGGCAACUUUUAUAAUAAAUCAUCUCACGUCUGAAUAUUUGUUAUUGGUAAUGCAUUCACAAAAUCAAUCUGGUGA